GUUUGGGCCAAAGGACCAAACUCCUAACACCAAACUGGAUCUGAAUGUCAUGGACUCAAGAAAUCAGUCGGACUCGAUCUUGCUCCGCCAAAGGCCAUGUUCGUGUUCCUAUUGCCCGGAGAACUCAGCUCAACUAUUCUCCCUAAAUCAAAAUUUUAUGUCAAAGAAGAAUGGAGAGUUCACCUACGACGGAUGAAACUCGAUCCACCCUCAUAUGACGAAAUCGAAACGCAACUCACCUUGACGUCCAAUAUGCUUUUCUGCUCGCGAUUGAUUGGGAUGAAAAACUUUGCGUUCUUCUGUUGUCGAUUGCGAUGAAGAAUGACGGAUUUGUUCGUGUGUGCAUUUCGUUGUCGAGUGAAGAUGAAGAUGAAGACAAAUCGAUUUCGCGAUGAUGGAUGAAGAAGAGUUGUCGUUGUGAAGAAUCUGGAAAUUGUUGCGUGAUGAAGCGUUGCGAGACGUUCAAAUGUUAUUCUUCAACUCACGAUUGUGAAAAGAAAUGGAAAAUCUUCCCAAAAUAUGUGUAGAUACUACUGAUGCGUUUAUGACGACGGAAAGAUUUGGUACACGAGAAGAGGUUAUCAGAUGGAUUAAAGAGGUUGGAAUCGACAAUAAAGUAACUGUUAUUAUCAGUCGUUCAGAUACUGAAACGGGGAAGAGAGGGAGAAGUAACAAAAUAAUAUUUGGCUGUGAUAAAGGUGGGAAACACAAGAUUAGUGAUAGUGGUACCCAAAGUGCGUCCAAGAAAUGUGGAUGUCCAUUUAAAAUCAGGUCGACUCCGGCGAAAGAUGGAUCUGGUUGGAAGAUUGAUGUAAAAUGUGGGUUACAUAAUCAUGGUUUACCUGAUAGAUUAGAAGGUCAUUCGUUUAUUGGUAGGUUGACCACAGAUGAGAAGCAACAUGUCGCUGAUUUGGCAAAGAGACAUGUAGCACCUAGAAACAUUUUGCUUUCCUUGCAAGACAAGUUUCCUGAGAAUGUCACUCGUAUUACGCAAGUAUACAAGCAUAAGAGUGUGAUAGAAAAAGAGAUAAGAGGUCCAAGGAGUGAGAUACAACAUCUGUUUAAGCUUAUUGAGGAUGCAGGAUAUGUGUAUUGGAGUAGAAAAAAGGAUGACUCGGAAGUGGUGAGAGAGAUAUUUUGGGCACAUCCUGAUUCAGUGAAGUUGUUGAAUAUAUUUCCGAUUGUGUUAGUUAUGGAUAGCACCUACAAGACAAACAAAUAUAGACAACCUUUGUUUGAAAUUGUUGGCAUGACAUCGACUGAGUUGACUUUUGCUGUUGGAUUUGCAUAUAUGGAGUCUGAGCAAACAGAGAAUUUUUGCUGGGUAUUGGAGAAAUUAAAAGAGUUGUUUGUGAAGAAAGACAUGUGUCCACAAGUGAUUUUGACAGAUAGAGAUCUUGCUUUGAUGAAAGCAAUUGAAGUUGUGUUUCCCAACUCGAUUAAUUUGCUAUGUAGAUUUCACAUUAACAAAAACGUUGGUGCCAAAUGCAAACAACAUGUGGUGAAUGACCUGCAAAAGACGAUAGACACAUUAUGGAUGGAAGUUGUCUGGGCUAGUGAUGAGGUUGAGUAUGGUCAGCGGUUGCAUCAACUUGAGCAAGCAUGUGUUGAUUAUAGUGGAUUUAUUAAUUAUGUGAAAGACACAUGGUUGACUCCACAUAGGCAUAGAUUUGUUGGAGCAUGGAUUAAUCGAGUCCUACAUUUGGGUAACACAACGACUAAUCGGGUUGAAUCUGCUCAUUGGAAGUUAAAGCAGAUGUUAGGAAACAGUAUAGGUGACAUGGUCAAAUGUUGGGAAGCCAUGAAUAACAACUUGAGGUUACAACUGGGAAACAUUAGAGCUUCAUUUCAAAAGAGUUUUUACGAAGUUGAGAACGCGCACGUAAGUCCCUUUUAUGGUUAUUUGCGUGGUUCCGUAUCUCGAGCUGCUUUGAGACGUAUUGCUGAAGAGUUAUUGAGAGUUGAUUAUGUUGGAACUAACAGGCAAAUAUGUGGUUGUACUCUUAGAACAUCUUAUGGGUUACCUUGUGCUUGUGAGUUAGGAAGAUACAGAGUAGGUGGUAUACCGAUACCCAUUGAUGCUGUUCAUGUUCAUUGGAGGAAACUAACUAUGGAAGUUGAGUUAGAGAUAGGUGAAGAUGAUGGAUCAGAGGUGGAUAUGACAGCUGCAAUGGAUGAGUUGUGGAGACGAUUUAGGUCAUUAGAUGUUGUUGGGAAAAGGGCAUUAAGGAGUAGGGUAUGUGAACUAGCAUACCCAACAAUGACAACAUUGUGUCCACCACCUGAGAAAAUAAAAACCAAAGGAGGAGUGAAGAAGAAAGGGAAAAAACCAGCAGAUUAUGAUGUUUAUAGGGACCCUUCGUAUCAUGAGUAUGUUGAUAAGGCAUCUCAAUCUUCACAAAGGCAAUCUCAACCAUCACAGACUUCGAAGAAGAUCAAAUUAUCAAAGAAGCAACCACAAUUCAUUGUUCAAUUUCCUAAUCAUAUUAGGUCAUACAUUGAAGAUGUAGUUAAUGUUGAAUCAGAUGGUAAUUGUGGAUUUAGAGUCAUUGCAGCAUUGCAUGGAUAUGGUGAGGAUGGUUGGUCAAUGGUUCGCAGAGAGUUGGGGUUGGAAUUAAUAGACAAGGAUAUGUCAACUUUGUAUGACAAGUUAUUUUCUAAUCGGUUGUCAGCUGUGAGAGAAUCUUUGAUGAUAGAAUCGUUUGGUUCACAGCCACCUGAAAAAUGGAUGAGUCUACCAGAUAUGGGUUACUUGAUAGCCAAUCGUUAUAAUGUUGUACUUGUCUGUUUAGGCAAUCCGUGCAUCACUUUCUUUCCGAUGACAAGUUCACAUUCACCAAAUGUCUCUAUUUAUUGCAUUGGUUUUGUUAACCAGAAUCAUUGGGUUCAGGUUAACAUGAAAGAGGGGUUUCCAUUGCCACCGGUCACAUUAGAUUGGAAGAAAUUUCGUUCUCAUAUAACAACUACUUGGAUGCUAGGAUUUGCAGGACGUAUGCAACAUUGGCAAUUACUUACACCUGUAUUAGCAUGAUUAUGUAAUCAAAACAUAAAUAUGUAAU